AUGAACAUAGGAACCAUUGGCCAUGUUGAUCACGGAAAGACCACAUUGACAGCGGCCAUUACAAAGGUUAUGGCAGAUGAAGGACGAGCUGAGUUUAAGGAUUAUGAUAAAAUUGACAAGGCUCCGGAAGAGAUCAAGCGUGGUAUCACCAUCAACCAGGCUCAUGUAGAGUAUGAGACUGAGAAGAGGCACUACGGCCAUGUGGAUUGUCCUGGUCACGCUGACUAUGUCAAAAACAUGAUCACUGGUGCUGCACAGAUGGAUGGAGCAAUCCUGGUGGUUUCAGGAUACGAUGGCCCUAUGCCACAGACCCGAGAGCACAUCCUGCUCUCCAAGCAAGUUGGAGUGCCCAGCAUUGUGGUCUUCUUGAACAAGAUGGACAUGGUUGAAGACAUGGAGCUUGUCGAUCUGGUUGAGCUUGAGGUGCGAGAAAUGCUGGACCUUUACUCAUUCCCAGGCGAGGAGACGCCGUUCAUCCGGGGUUCGGCGCUGAAAGCGCUAAACGGCGACUCUGGCGAAUAUGGCGUGCCGGCCAUCAAGCAGCUCAUGGACGCUGUUGAUGCGUUCUUCCCUGACCCUGAAAGGGAUGUGGACAAGCCCUUCCUCAUGGGCGUGGAGAGCGUGAUGACCAUCACGGGCAAAGGCACAGUGGCUACGGGAAAGAUCGAGCGCGGAAUUGCAAAGACGGGCGACUCCAUCGAAAUCGUCGGCGUCAAGGAUAAGACCCAGAAGGCCACUAUCUCUGGCAUUGAAAUGUUCCACAAGACGCUGGACGAAGGCCAGUCUGGUGACCAGUGCGGUAUCAUGUUGAAGGGCGUCAAAAGGAGUGAGAUCCAGAGAGGGCAGGUUCUUUGCGCCGCUGGCACUGUCAAGACGUUUUCCAAAUUUGAUGCUGACAUUUACGUCCUGAAGGAAGAUGAAGGUGGACGGAAGAAGCCUUUCUUCUCCAACUACCGACCGCAGGCUUUCAUCAGAACGGGCAUGGUGACGGUUGAGGUGCAGCUGCCUGAAACUGUCGAGAUGGCCAUGCCGGGUGACUCCCUCUCCAUCAGCUUGGCAGCAGAAAAGCCGAUGGCGCUAGAAGAAGGGCUGCGCUUCGCACUUCGGGAAGGCGGUCUCACAGUAGGCUCUGGGAUCAUCACCAAAUGCUACUGA